AUGGCUAGCUCCUCGAUCAAGCAGCUUGUGGUGGUGCGGAGACGCUCGAAUCAGACUCAGAGAGAGUAUGCUGAUCACCACUUCCAAGUUCACGGCGCUUUAGCUGGCGCUGGCAAGCCGGAAGAGUCGCCGCUCGUUUACUACUUGUCUCGAGCCUUUGAUUCGGCGUACAGCAAUGCAAGUCUUGCCCAGCCGGCUUGGAGCGGUCACAGCGGUGCGACCGAGCUCUACUUUCGCGACGGCGAACACAUGGGACGAGCUUAUGGAAACGAGUAUACUCGCAGUGUGAUUGGCCCGGACGGCGCCAACUUCAACGACUUUGCUGGUGCCAUUGCGAUGUUCGCCAAAGAAGCGCUCAUCCAUGGUAGUCCCAUGCAACAGGCCGAAGAGCAACGGUUGGUGGCUUUGUACUACAUCCAAGCCCGCGAGCAGGUCGAAAAUGCGGUGCUAGCAGAGCGACUCGAGCCGCGUGUGAUCUCUGCUUUUGGCAGCAUCAGCGAGCAGAUUGUGGCCAACGUCGCCCUCCCUGACCCGGACAACAAGCUGCGAUACUUUCAGGGCGAAGCUGCGCCCCAGUACGCGAUCGCCUACCAGCUCUAUCUGCGCGGAAAGGACGACAUCGCAGCCUUCCGCAAAGCACAGCGAGUGUUGGAAGACGAGUGCAGAGAUUCGAUCCGAUGCGAGACGACGUUCGUCCUGUUCGUCGUGCGGUCGCUCGUAUUCGACCAGGAAGCUGGGAUCGCAUUUUCGGCUGCAAGACAGCCCGACGUCACCAGCUACGUCUGA